CUUUUUUAUCUUUUUUUUUGCAUGCGUAAACACACGAGAUUCUGUCGAGCAGCGUUAGUAUUAUACUUACUUUUUACAAUUGUAACACAAUAUCUAGCCACCACCUGUUUGACUACUUUACUGACCAUUUAUACAAACAAAAGGUCGUGCUUGACGAGUUUAAGUUGGCAUUUAGGAUUUAACUUUAAGUCACUAAAGUAAACCUUAGACGGACAGGUUACCGAGCUAACAGCUAAAAUAGCUCAGUAUGCUAAAAACAAAGCAAACAUUUUAAAUGUUUAUUUCCACAUCUUACUAUCGGUUAUUGUAAGGUUGUUUAGGUUUCCCCUUUCUGAAAGACCACAUUUCAUAACGUUAAUCACGGCCGAGCUGGAGUAACCGAUUACAUUUCUGCUACAAAUUUAAAUGUUUGUGUUGAAAUGGAUAUCUUGAUUAAUCAUUUCAUCAACAACAAAAUGAACGAUGACAUUAGCAGACUGCAGUGUAAUACAUAUGAGGAUAUUUCUGGAGCAUCUAGGGUUCCUGUGCUUAACUCGGAGUGUACACCCAUAAGCCCGACCAAGAGAAAACACCAUGAAAACUCUCUGAAUCAUCAAAAAGACUCUGAUGAAGAACGGAUGAAUAAAAUGAGAUGUUUAUUAGGAUCACAUCUGAGAAAUUCAAAUGGAGACACUGAAAACCAGGAGUUAUGGAACUAUAGUUAUAGUCACACAUCACUGAGUGGUCUUCAUAACCAUCAUGUAUUUGCACCAUAGACUGUAUAAAAACAGUUUGCACCUUUCCCCAUUUUUGCGGUGGAUCAACCCCUUGAGAUGAGCAAACGAAGCAUGGAUCUGUUACAGUUGCUUUACUCUUACAGGAUGUGUUGUUAAAUGUAUUCCCAUACAUUGGCAUGUAGAAUUGUCAUAUUUCAAAACCAAACAAAACAAAAAAAAGUUACAUUCAUUUUAUAUCAGAAUCGUCCUUCGGUAAUUACCUGUGCCCCUGCCAGCAACCGCCCUUGCAGUCUUUCCAGUUGCUACAUGUCACCAAAUAGCUGCACAUCUGGAUUCUCCAACAAGACCAAAGCAAACACUGUGUGUGACCCUGUGAUUGAAGAGCAUUUCCGCCGCAGUCUGGGGAAGGUCUAUAAGGAGCCUUUGCCUGUCUCUAACACAGUGUGCAUCACAGGCUCAGUCGAUGACCACUUCACUAAAGCACUGGGGGACGCCUGGUUACAGAUCAAAGGCAAUGGUGGUACAACACCAAAUGAAAAGUGAAAGACAUUUUGCCAAGUAUGGUAACCCAUACUCGGAAUUGGUGCUCUGCAUUUAACCCAUCCAAGUGCACACAAACAGCAACGAGUAGGGAACACACACCCUGAGCAGUGGGCAGCUAUAUAUACAGCACCCAGGGAGCAACUGGGGUUCUGUGCCUUGCUCAAGGGCACUUCAGUCAUGGGUAUUGAGGGUGUAAAAUAGCACUGUUCAUUCACUCCCCCCAACUACCACUCCUGCCAGCACCGAGACUCAAACCUGCGACCUUCGGGUUACAAGUCCAACUAUCUAACCAUUAGGGCAC